AUGGAGGAAUUACAGGAAGGAGAAGACAGGGGACGAAUACUCUCAUCACUACACAUGGAGGAAUGCAGGAAGGAGAAGACAGGGGACGAAUACUCUCAUCACUACAAAUGGAGGAAUUACAGGAAGGAGAAGACAGGGGACGAAUACUCUCAUCACUACAAAUGGAGGAAUUACAGGAAGGAGAAGACAGGGGACGAAUACUCUCAUCACUACAAAUGGAGGAAUUACAGGAAGGAGAAGACAGGGGACGAAUACUCUCAUCACUACAAAUGGAGGAAUUACAGGAAGGAGAAGACAGGGGACGAAUACUCUCAUCACUACAAAUGGAGGAAUUACAGGAAGGAGAAGACAGGGGACGAAUACUCUCAUCACUACAAAUGGAGGAAUUACAGGAAGGAGAAGACAGGGGACGAAUACUCUCAUCACUACAAAUGGAGGAAUUACAGGAAGGAGAAGACAGGGGACGAAUACUCUCAUCACUACAAAUGGAGGAAUUACAGGAAGGAGAAGACAGGGGACGAAUACUCUCAUCACUACAAAUGGAAGAAUGCAGGAAGGAGAAGACAGGGGACGAAUACUCUCAUCACUACAAAUGGAGGAAUGCAGGAUGGAGAAGACAUGGGACGAAUACUCUCAUCACUACAAAUGGAGGAAUUACAGGAAGGAGAAGACAGGGGACGAAUACUCUCAUCACUACAAAUGGAGGAAUUACAGGAAGGAGAAGACAGGGGACGAAUACUCUCAUCACUACAAAUGGAGGAAUUACAGGAAGGAGAAGACAGGGGACGAAUACUCUCAUCACUACAAAUGGAGGAAUGCAGGAAGGAGAAGACAGGGGACGAAUACUCUCAUCACUACACAUGGAGGAAUGCAGGAAGGAGAAGACAGGGGACGAAUACUCUCAUCACUACAAAUGGAGGAAUUACAGGAAGGAGAGAUUGGGAAAGGAUUAAGACAGGAAGGAAGAAAAGGAUUUGA